UAGCUCCAAAUACACUACAAGCCAAUCAGCAUAUAUCCAUGGCUACGUCCAAGAACAUGGCUCGGACACUGGCCAUCUUCUUCUUCUGCUGUUGCAACGUCUUCUUCCUCUCCUACGCCGGCUCCGACGAGUUCCUCCAAUGCCUCUCGCAGACGAUACCGAACGAGCUCGUGUACCAGCAGAGCUCGAGCAGCUUCGUGUCCGUGCUGCAGUCCUCGGUCCAGAACCCCAAGUACGCGACCAACACCACGGUGCGGCCGCUGUGCAUCGUCACGGCGUCCGGCGUCCCCCACGUCCAGGCCGCCGUGCGCUGCGGCCGCGCCCACGGCGUGCGCCUCCGCGUGCGCAGCGGCGGGCACGACUACGAGGGCCUGUCCUACCGCUCCGUCCGCCCCGAGGCGUUCGCGGUGCUCGACCUGUCCAGGCUCCGCGCGGUGGACGUCCGCCCGGCCGAGGCCGCCGCCUGGGUGGACGCCGGCGCCACGCUCGGCGAGCUCUACUACGCCGUCGGCGCAGCCGACCGCCGCCUCGCGUUCCCCGGCGGCGCGUGCCCCACGGUCGGCGUCAGCGGGUUCCUCAGCGGCGGCGGCAUCGGGCUGAUGAUGCGCAAGUACGGCAUCGGCGCGGACAGCGUCGUCGACGCCCGCGUCGUCAACGCCGACGGCGACCUCAUCGCCAGCGUCGCGUCCGCGGACCAGGAGCUCCUCUGGGCGAUCCGCGGCGGCGGCGGCGAGAGCUUCGGCGUCGUCGUGGCGUGGCGGCUCCGGCUCUCGAGGGUGGAGGACACGGUGACGGUGGUCAACCUCCAGCGGACCCUCGACGAGGGCGCCGCCGCGCUCGUCGCCAAGUGGGAGACGCUCAUCCUCCAGCCGUACCUCCCGGACCUCACCAUCCGGGUCGUCGUGCAGGACCGCCACGCCUUCUUCCAGACCCUCUUCCUCGGCCGGUGCUCGCGCCUCCUCCGCGCCAUGGGCGCCUUCUUCCCGGAGCUCGGCAUGGCGCCGGCCGACUGCCGCGAGAUGACCUGGCUGCGCGCCAUGGCGUUCAUCACGCUCGGUGCCGCCGACGCGCCCGCGGAGGGCCUCCUCAACCGGACCAACAACCUGGGCACCUUCGUCAAGAACAAGUCCGACUACGUGCGCCGCGCCAUCGGCCUGGCCGGCUGGGAGGGCAUCUUCCAGCAGCACCUGUCCCAGUACGGCGCCGGGCUGAUGAUCCUGGAGCCCCACGGCGGCGCUGUCAGCGCCGGCGUGCCGGACUUCGCCACGCCGUACCCGCACCGGCAGGGCGUGCUGUACAACGUCCAGUACGUGGUGUUCUGGUCGGGCGAGGCCAACGGCACCGUGGCGGCGGCGGCCACCGGGUGGCUCGGCGGCCUGUACGGGCACAUGGAGCAGUUCGUGACCAGCAACCCCAGGGAGGCGUACGCCAACUACCGGGACCUGGAGAUCGGCGAGAAUGCGGUCGGCGGCGACGGCGUCACGACGUACGAGAGCGGGCGGGUGUGGGGCGAGAAGUACUUCAUGGGGAACUUCCGGCGGCUGGCGGCGGUGAAGGGGAGGGUGGAUCCUGGCGACUACUUCAGGAACGAGCAGAGCAUCCCGCCGCUGCUACAAGGAUUCUAGUUUGCCAUGGGGUUUCCAUGGAUCUCGAAUUAAUCCAAUGCAAGGUUUCUUUAUUUGCCAAGUACUUGGCCAGUUGGCCCUGUAGUGUCCCUUAGUAUUCUAAUAAGCAGUAUUUGUUCUAGGCAAGAAUAAAUGAAGGAUUGGAAAAAAGUCAAAAGAA